UUUAGAAAAAAGCAUUAAAAAACGGUAAAAACACUAAAAAUGGUAUAAGAAAAACGUGUUUAUGAUAUGUUUUUGUAAGUUUCCCGUUGAAAGAGUUUCAACCAAUUUCAUACCCUCCCUGCCCGGUAUUGUCUCCCAACAAACCAGCAAUCAGAGCAUCAAUCCCUACGGUCAAAUCGACCCACAACGAGUCUUCAAUCUGUCCUCAAAUUUUGAGUACGAUCCAGCGGCUGGUUUUUCCGAAAUCCUCCCUGAAACCAAAUACCGAGCUAGAGGAAAACAGGUCACACCCUGUCUGACCAACAACAUUUUUCAAUGAACCAAAGAUCAUAACGGCGAUCCCAAUGGUGAGAUCGGAUCUUAAAAAGUAUGGAACGCGUCAUUCAAAUUUUAGGAUGAUCCAAUGGCCGGUUUUUUGGAAUUUCCUCUUGAACUCACUGCCUUGCUACAAAAAGAAAAUUCUACAGCUCCUCUAUUCCUCUUAUCCUUUCAUUCUUAUUUCCUUCUCAAUUUCUACGCUCUAAUUCCCCCUAAAUUUUAUAGUUCCUUCAAGGAUUUAUGUUGAUUCAAAAUUUAAAACUCGUCCAAAUAUUGGGAUGACGUCACCUUGAUUGGAGCAUGACAUAUGUCAUGUUCAAAAGGGACAAGGAUGUUACAACACAACUUUAUCAAGUCAUUACUUUGUUGUUUGAUGUGCGACUUAAGUGAUUAAAAUUUACUAAUAAUUUGAUUUCUCACGUUCUAUGGAUGAAGAUCCUCUUAAUAAAAGAAGCCUCAGUAAUCAUGUUUAAUUUGACAUCUAGAUAAUAACAAAACGGUCGAUAAUGAGGUGUAGUUGAUUGAUUUUACUUUUUUAUGAAUGAAGAAGUCUCAUUAUUUCCUUAUUGCAUUGUUGGUUUAGUUGUACGUUUACUGCACUAUUAAAAGUUUGUCAAAUUAGAUUAUCUGCAUGAGCAGUGACCUUUUUAAAUGAGAGAAUUAGUUUGUUGAAGAUUAAUCAUAUUAUAUUCAAAAACUUAAGCUUUUACUUUUUACAUCUUUACUCAUAUUUCGGCUUUUGCGUAAAAGUGCGCAUUUGACUACAUUGAUACCACUCUGAUAAGACUUCAUAAUACUAUAUUACCACUAUUAUACCAUAUCUUACCAUUAUGGUAAGACUGCACAAUACCAUCAUACGAUUAUCAUGAGAUGACGGUGGUAAGUUGACAUGAAAAUGUUUUGCCAAAAAAAUAUAAAAAUGAAUGUCAUCUUGUAGAGCAGAAACAAAUCGAUUUUUCUAUGCAAAUAUUUUGAAAUUUAAGUUAAAAUGAUAGAGAUAUUGUUUGCGAAAAGUUCGUAAUAGACUCAAAAUUUCUAUAACUAUCACCCGUGGAAAUUUGCACUAACCGUAAUACAUGGAAUUUUGUAGCUGAAAGAAAGAAAUUAUCACAUUGAGUUUGGAGGAAUGGAAGAGCGCUUCGGAAAACUAGGAGUGGCUGGAAAACUCUAGGAAAAGCGUUAUAUGGUUUUGAGCUUUCUCCAAGUCGACGAUGGGCACGUCGCUGGCUGGAGGGGUUUUAACAGCUCCAUGCUUGCAACAAUGGUUGCUGGGCUGCGCCGGCCACCCAAGGAGUCCUCAUCGCCGAAACCUAACGGCGAUCGAGAAUCCAACAAACAAAGAAACGGGAAAAAGGUGUUGUUCCCUGAUGGUGGGGUGCGAGAUGAAGUCUUGGAGGAUUCACAGGGAGAUGGAGGCAAGACCCCCCCCCCCCCUCACGCUAGCCCUUUUCGCAGAUUCUGCCUCUAAAGACGUUGCUGAAGCUAUGCGACAAGAUGGUCUAGAGGAAGGUUUUGAUGGAGAAGAGGACCCCACGUGCCCCCAUAUAUACUUUAAAGCCGGCGAGGAGAUGUUGUUUGGCAAGAAAUGGAGGUCGACUCCUAUAGUAAGAGUUUAGGGCGGUCUGUCUCCGAGUUAUUUUUGCGAAGAAUGGUUACUUCUUGGUGAGAUUUACUAGUGGCGUGGAUUAAAAAAGAGUAGUUUCGCGUGGCCCUUGGAUGGUAGGGAACUACUACCUCAAUGUACAUCCAUGGGCUAGAGACUUCAAUGCUUAUGAGCACAAAACAUCGUCGACCCUAGUCUAGGAUUGCCUUCUCGACAUUCCGAUUCAAUACUUCCAUCCAGUGACAUUCAUGAAGAUUGGGAGUCGUAUUGGGAAACCAUGCGAGUGGAUAAUGCAAUGAGUACGGGUGCUAGAAGUGAUUAUGAGAGGAUAUGUGCUGAAGUGGAUAUUACUGAGCCUUUACUAUCAAAAUUUACUCUCCAUGGAAAUAAUUAUUUUAUUUAAUUAGAAGGUUUGUAAAACAUUUGCAUGAAGUAUGGUACGCAUGCUGAAUGGGGCAAUUACUCAUGCACAAAGUCGGCGGUGGACAUAGAGGCAAAGCCCUCUCCAAAUCAAGAUAAUCCUAGCACAACGGAAGCACAGGAUCCUAAUACACCGAAGGAACCAAGAGAGGCUUAUGGGGAAUGGAUGAGGGCAAAGAGGAAACCGAGAGUGAGGAGGGCAACGACAGUGAAUGAUUUGGGUCGGGAGGGAACUGUGCGGGCAAACAAAACACAAGAAUCAAAUACUGGAUCACGUUUUAAUGUACUAAACAUAGACGGGACAGAGGGCAGACUAGGGACAUUAUCCUAUAACAGAAUUCCCACCAAGCUGUUAAUCAUGCAGUUGUGCAACCACCGAGAGAUAACCUAGGGAAGAACAAACAAAAAAGUACACCAACAAAGAUCCAUCCAUGCAAACUCUAUUGUUCAUCACAUAAACUGUGAGAGUCCCAUGCAACACGCUACAGAGUCACAACAACUAGGAGAAGGAAGUGCAAUAGUCCCAAAAUCCAAAGUUACAGCUCGCACUACUGUGAAUCUCCACCAAUAAGGAACCAUGUCUCCACCGACCCAAGACAAUUCGGAUGUUAUUCCAUUAACGGAACCCGCCCGAUUUAGUGGAUCAAAAAAGCUCUUCCAAGAUGGAUGGUUGCCAAACUAGACAACCAAAUGUAUUGAACCUACCCAAUUCUACAACAGCUCCACUGACAACAUUCAACCCUCAUGAGAAGGCACGGGUACUCACCCAUGAGAUAAAAUAAGGGAGCUUUGGGUGUGAGGCAUCUCCCAUGCAUAUAUGAUCAUUUCAUUCGCGGAAGCCGUGUUCCAAUCUCUAUUGUUUAAGAUAAUGUUAAACAUCUUCUCAUGGAAGUGCAGGGGUGGGGUGGGGUGGGGUGGGGGGCAGGAUUCCUCUGAGUAUUUAAAGAGUAUAAGAGGAAAUACAGACCGUGUAUUGAUAUCAUGGUAGAACCGAUGACUAGUGGUGAAAAAGCUGAGAAGGUCUUGUAGGAAAUGGGUUUUGAUAGAUGGCUAGUUGUUGAUGCAGUAGGCUAUGCGAGGUGAAUCUGGCUGACUUGGAACUCAUCUGCUGUUACGAUCACAGAGGCGGAUAGGUCGUACCAAUUUAUCCAUGUAAAGGUUCAGAGCAGACAAGAAAUUUGGUUCUUGAAGAUGGUUUAUGCGAACCCGACCCUCACGAAUAUUGCAGAGGAGAUGGUGGACCCUUGGGAUCCUCAUAGGAGAUUUCAACUCAAUCCUGCAACCAUCUGACAAGCUAGGUGGCGCCUUGUUCAAUGCUAGCCGUGAUCGGUAAUUCCAAGAUUGUGUUCUAGACUCGGGGCUUACUGAUCUAGGCUUCAUGGGUUCAUCAUUCAUGUGGUUCCGGACAGGGAUUAAGG